AUGGCAAACACAUUCUCUGUCAAGUCCCUGGUCGUAGCCCUCCUCGCUAGUCACAUCUCAUCCUGCGACGCCGCCGUGAUAUCAGUAAGAUCCGAUGUGCCUGCCGGAUAUGUCGCCGCGCCCUACUACCCGGCGCCGUACGGCGGCUGGGCCUCGGACUGGACAGACAGUUACAAGAGGGCGAAAGCUGUGGUUGAUAAGAUGACGUUGGCUGAAAAGACCAACAUCACGUCCGGAACCGGCAUCUUCAUGGGGUGCGUUUAUCAUCACAACAUCCGCUGCGUUGGAAACUCCGGCAGCGCUUUGCGUGUCGGUUUCCCCCAGCUAUGCCUCGCGGACUCGGCAACCGGUCUCCGUCAAGCCGACAACGUGACGGUGUUCCCGUCCGGCAUCACGACCGGUGCCACCUUUGACAAGGACCUGAUGUACGCUCGCGGUGUUGCCAUAGGCAAGGAAUUCCGAGGCAAAGGCGCCAACGUUUACCUAGGACCAGCCGUGGGUCCCAUAGGUCGAAAGCCCCGUGGUGGCCGAAAUUGGGAGGGCUUCGGGGCCGAUCCUGCGCUGCAGGGCAAGGCUGCUGCUCUGACGAUCAAGGGCGUCCAGGAGCAGGGCGUCAUCGCCACGAUCAAGCAUCUCAUCGGCAACGAGCAGGAGAUGUAUCGCAUGUAUAACCCUCUACAGCAGGGUUAUAGCUCCAACAUUGAUGACCGAACACUCCAUGAACUCUACCUGUGGCCCUUUGCAGAUGGCGUACACGCAGGUGUAGGAUCCGUCAACGGCUCGGCAUGCAGCCAGAACAGCUAUCUCAUCAAUGGCAUUCUGAAAGACGAGCUCGGCUUCCAAGGCUUCGUCAUGAGCGACUGGCUUUCUCACAUGUCCGGCGUAGGCAGCGCCCUCGCAGGCCUGGACUUCAACGCCCCCGGUGACCAGCAAGUUCCCCUGACGGGCUACAGCUACUGGAUGUACGAUCUCACCAGGGCGGUGCUGAACGGAUCCGUCCCCGUGGAUCGCAUCAACGACAUGGCCACCAGAGUACUGGCGAGCUGGUACCAGAUGGGCCAGGACUCGGGCUUCCCCGCGCUCAACUUCGCCACGGGAACCCGCAACAGGGUGGGAGAUCUCUACCCGGGAGCCAUCCCCUUCUCCCCCAGCGGCGUCGUCAACGAGAUGGUCCAGGUGCAGGCGGACCACUACCUCGUCGCCAGGCAGGUCGCGCAGGAGGCCAUCACCCUGCUCAAGAACAACGGCAGCCUUCUGCCCAUUGCCACGUCGGCUUCGAUAAAGGUCUUUGGCACCGAUGCCAUCACGAACCCAGACGGCCCCAACGCUUGUGCCGAUCGAUCCUGCAACAAGGGCCUGCUCGGCAUCGGCUGGGGCUCGGGGACGGUUGACUACGUCUACCUCGACGAUCCCAUCACCGCGUUUAAGAAGAGAGCCAGCAACGUGACGUUCUACAACACCGACUCCUUUCCUUCCGUGCCGGCUCCAACAGCAGACGAUGUUGCUUUCGUUUUCAUCACCUCGGACUCUGGGGAGAAUCAGUAUGUCGUAGAGGGUAACAACGGUGACCGCAGCUCGUCUGGUCUCGACGCCUGGCACAACGGGAACAAGUUGGUCCAGGACGCUGCCGCAAAGUAUUCAAACGUCGUGGUCGUCAUACACUCUGUCGGACCAAUCGUCGUCGACUCGUGGAUCGAUCUUCCCAGCGUCAAGUCCGUCCUGGUUGCCCACCUCCCCGGCCAGGAGGCAGGCGAGUCCCUCGCCAACAUCGUCUUUGGUGCCGCCUCCCCCUCCGGCCACCUCCCCUACAGCAUGACCAAGAAGGAAUCCGACCUCCCAGACUCCGUGACCCAGCUCGUCGGCGGCUCCCUCGGCCAGCCCCAGGACACCUAUUCCGAGGGCCUGUACAUCGACUACCGCUACCUCAACAAGAACGGCAUCAAGCCGCGCUUCGCCUUUGGUCACGGGCUGAGCUACACCGCCUUCUCCUACACCGGCGCGACCAUCAGCUCCGCGACGGCGCUCACCGCGUCCCCGCCGGCCCGCCCCGCAAAGCAAGGGAUCCUGACGUACACCGCGCCCAUCCCCGACUGGACCGAGGGCGUCGCGCCGUCCGGCUUCAACAAGAUCUUCCGGUAUAUCUACUCCUGGUGCACCGAGUCCGAGGCCAAGGACGCCGUCGCCGCCUCCAAGACGGAGACGUAUCCCUACCCGGAGGGGUACAGCACCGCGCAGAAACCGGGCCCUCCAGCCGGCGGCGCGCAGGGCGGCAACCCGGCUCUCUUUGACGUUGUCUUUUCCGUGUCGGUGAAAGUGACCAACACGGGCAGUAAGUACUCGGGUAAAGCGUCAGCGCAGGCGUACGUGCAGUUCCCCGGCGGCGGGCCCGAGACGCCGGUGAUCCAGCUGCGCGACUUUGUCAAGACGAAGAGCCUGGCGCCGGGGGAGAGUGCUACCGUGACGCUGCAGCUGACGAGGCGGGAUUUGAGCGUGUGGGAUGUGGUCAGCCAGAACUGGGUUGUGCCGAAUCCUACCGGGCGGUACAAGAUUUGGAUCGGGGAGGCGAGUGACAAGUUGUUCUUGGCUUGUUAUACGGAUACCAAGACGUGUGAGGCUGGACUGGCUAGCCCUGUUUGA